AGCGUUGCCGCCGCUCGGAAGAAGACGUCAAACUGAGGCGCCGCGUGAUAACGGCUCCCGGAAUAACGGGUAUCGCGCGCGUGUGGAUGGCCGCGGCGUUCGGCGGAGCCUGGCAAUGGAGAUCGCUACCUGCAGCAUGACGCUUCGCUUAUGCGUUGUUGCCUGGGUGGACGGGCGCACCCCGCGGUGGUGGUCGUCCGUAGCCGGGAGCUGCCAGGCGUAGCCGCGGGCGCACCGCCUCUCAUGGCCUCUCGGGCGUCGCGGAGCGCAGAGGGCGCUGCGGACGCCAAGGACGCUAGAGAGGACUCCGAACGACGGCGGCGGCUGGUGGUGGUGGUGCAGCGACAGCGGGAGCAGCGGUGGGCAGCCGUCAUGUUCGGCGUCGGCGAGCCCCCGCUCGUCUGUCAGGAGGCAGUGUUCACUCGGGACCGCGGUCCGCGGGCAUUCCUGCACCCGUUCAGCCCGUACGGCCGCGCCGUGCUGCGCGUCACCCAGCACAGCCAGCCGCCUGAGCUGCGGCCAGGUCCUCCCCAGAAGCAGGCUCGGCCUGAGGAUGGUGUCGAUGGGGCUGACCAGGGGGGUCUCUCCACCCGUGGCAGUACACCGCCCCGCAAAGCACCCCCACUGCGGCGCCUUGACGAUGAGGCUCUCAAGCGGUCACGACUGCACUCCAACCAGUAUGAGUUGUCGCAGGACCUUCUGGACAAGCAGGUUGAGAUGUUGGAGCGCAAAUAUGGGGGCGUGCGGGCACGCACGGCGGCGCUGACCAUCCAGCGAGCCUUCCGCAGCCACUGCAUGCAGAAGCGCUUCCUGGACUUGGCCAGUGCAUCCAAGGGCGAACGUAGACUUUCGCGGCGCAUCCAUGCACUGGACCUGCUCGCCCCCUCCGGUGCCAGUCCACCGUCCUCUGAGGGUGCCCUGCCAUGGCCUGCCCACCAUCGCACGCCCACUAAAGGGGCCUUGGCGGAAGCGGCGGCGGCGGCUGCAGCCGCCAGCAGGCGGGUGCCCCCGCAGGUGCCCCGGCGAUCUUCCUCCAUUCCUGGCACCACCACCACAACUGCUGCCAGCUCAAAGGAAAACUCUGGAAGCUGGAAGCAUAGCAGCACGGCUUCAACAACCCAGGCAGCAGCGGCAACAGCCCCGGCAAAUGGUAGUGGCCAGCCUACGUUGCCCUCGACUCGGCCGGAGGACAAGCGGCUUAGCAACAUUUCGGAAAACAGUGAAGACAGUGUGGACUGCCCGGCCUACUCAUGUUCACCACCAGCCUCUGACGUGCUUCUGCUCUACCCACAUCAGGGUCCGGGUAGUCCCAAGGACUCCUUGGGCUCUAAGGGGAGCGAGGCGCAGCGCAAGCGCCAGUACCGGGUGGGGCUGAACCUGUUCAAUAAGCGGCCUGAGAAGGGCAUCCGUUAUCUGGUGGAGCGUGGCUUCCUGGACCCCUGCCCUCGAGCUGUAGCCAGAUUCCUCAUCUCGCGCAAGGGCCUGAGCAAGAUGCGCAUUGGCGAGUACCUGGGUGACCUGCAGGGUCCGUUCAAUGCCCGUGUGCUCGAGUGCUUUGUCGAAGAGCUGGACUUCGCUGGAAUGCAGGUGGACCUGGCCCUCCGGCGUUUCCAGAGCCACUUCCUGUUACCAGGGGAGGCCCAGAAGAUUGAACGGCUAGUCGAGGUGUUCAGCCAGCGGUACGCACGCUGCAACCCGGAUGUUGUGGCCAAGCUGGCCAGUCCCGAUACUCUCUUUGUCCUGGCUUUCUCAGUGGUGCUACUGAACACUGACUUGCACACGCCCUCGGUGAAAGCCGACAAGCGUAUGAAGCUGGAAGACUACGUCCGUAACCUGCGAGGGGUCGACGAAGGCCGGGACCUGGACCGGGACAUGCUGACGGGCAUCUAUGAGCGCAUCAAGGUGCACCCAUUUCGGCCUGGUUCCGAUCAUGUCAGCCAGGUGCUCAAGGUGCAGCAGUCCAUUGUUGGAAAGCGACCAAACUUGGCUCUUGCCCAUCGUCGUCUGGUGUGCUACUGUCGUCUCUACGAGGUCUAUGAUGUUCACAAGAAAGAGCGCCCCGGUGUUCAUCAGCGCGAAGUGUUUCUCUUCAAUGACCUCCUGCUGGUGACUAAAAUAUUCAGCAAGAAGAAAAACAGUGUCCAGUAUGCCUUCCGACAGUCACUGCCCCUGUGCGGCAUGAAUGUGGCCCUUUUCGAGGCACCCUAUUACCCGCAUGGGAUCAGCCUGACCCAGCGAGUGGACGACAGGGCAUUGAUGACCCUGAAUGCUCGGAAUGAGCACGACCGGUGCAAGUUUGUUGACGACCUGAGGGAGUCCAUUCUUGAGAUGGAUGAGAUGGAGAGCCUGCGCAUUGAAGGGGAACUGGAGAAGCAGCAGGCAUUGCGCAGCCCCUGGGACCAGCGGGACUCUGGGCUCGCCGACAUGGAGGCCACGGGGGAGGGAAAUGGAGGCGGCAGCACUUUACUGGCCCAGAGCCCCUGCCUCAAGCGGUCAGCCCUCUCCAACUCCCUGCUUGACUUGCACGACCAGCAGACAGCGGCACGCCCAGUUCGUCGAGGCAGCGCGGGUUCUCUGGACAGUGGCAUGUCCGUCUCCUUCCAGUCCUCGGCGGCCAGUUCGGUGAGCCGGGAGUCGUCACCCCACACGGUCCAGCAUCCGGAUGGUGCAGCAGCAGCAGUAGCCACCAGCUUGGGCGACGGGACCCGGCAUGGCUUCCUGGGGAACCUGUUUGGCAAGCGUGGUCGCCACGUGGCAGUUACCACCACCACCACUACACCCCAAGCGGCAGCUAUGGUGACCUCAGAAGUGCCAGCAACGACAGAACCACCAGGAUAGGUGGUGGGUUACACACCUGCCCGCCUUAACCCCCAGUGUAUAUACGCGAUAGGCCAUUUUAUUUUGCAAAUUGACUCUCAAUCUGCCUCUCCUUUAUGUACAGCAGAAGAUUCGCAUUUUAAGAUAUAUAUAUAUAUAUAUAUAUAUAUAUAUAUAUAUAUAUAUAUAUAUAUAUAUAUCUCACACCCUUCCCACUUCUCCCUUGCCCCUUUUGUAUGAGAACUUUUCUGCUCUUAUAUCAUACCUUCCCCUCCUCACCCCACCCCAACCUCACAAUAAAGGCCCCACUCCUCUUGCUCAGUCUGCACAAGUGUGGUGCAGGUGGCCUGCUUUGGGUGUUGCUAGUGUGGCCCGGUGGCCACAGUCAUGGCCUGUCCAUCAAAGGAGAGAGCAGACAGCCGAAUGGUGCCUAUGUCAUAGUGGCACUCAUGGCCUUGUGCAGAGGAGCUUUCUUCCGCCACCACGUUUAUUGUAUUGGUGCCAUCAUGGCACCUGUGCCUGUUGAGGGGAGGAUGAUGUAUGCUGGUGCUGUAACUGUGCAUGUCAGCAUGUGUACAUAAAAGAAGAAAAACAAAGUGUGUACUAUGCAGCAGAGUGCAAGUCUCCCUUGUGGUAUAAUUGAAAGCUGCACAUUUUCCCUGAGCACAGAAGCAGUCGAACAAAUUGUGUGGACUGUCCACAGUAUUAAGACCACAUUGCGUGCUUCUAGGAAGUGGCACAUUUGUGAAUGUUAGUGGCACAAAUCUGGCACGCACGAAUUUGCUUAUUCUGUUAUUCUAUCAAGAAAUCUGCUUAGAGGGCUUCACUGGUGUUCAUAAAGCGCCGAGAAAUUGAACUGGUGAGCUUGUAUACGAGAUGGUGGGUGAACAUACUUCGUGCAGUUUACCACUUUCUUCUAUAUAUCUCGAACAUUCUUAUUAACUCGUAUGAUGCUGGAAACUUGCCUUCUUGGCGUACUCCAAAAUACAUUUAAUGUGCUGCUACAUGCAAGAAGUUGUCUAGUGAGUGUUCAGAGUAUUUUAAAUGUGCAAGUAUUGAUACUUCACCCUAACGUAUGCUACGAAGAGUAUGUGAAUACCGUGUGACAAUAUAGUAUAUGGAGUCUGCAGGAUUUGCUUCCAGUCAGUGCAUGCAAGCAGCCCAUUUUGGGCUAAAUGUUUGUAAAUGUUUCACAUCUUGAUAUGUGUGCACAUAAAGAAGCUCACCAAUGCA